AUGAAGACCACUCCGCUCAGCUUCUGGGCCUCUUCCAUCGCCCUUUUGCAUGUCCCAGGGCUCCAUGUCCUCGCGGAGCCGACCAUCACUUCCGAUCCCACUGCGGCCACCACCACCGCCACCACGUCUGAGGAACCAAGCUGCACAGCGUCCCUCGUCACCAAGCUAUGCGACUACCCUAGUCCGUUUCGCGCUGUCGCCAGCAGCGGCCGAAGCCACUGUUGGGAGUGGUGCAACGAGAACCAGCCUUGCGACUUUAUCAUCUUUCUGCCCCACAACCCGCACCUCGGCGACGGCACCUGCUGGUGGUACCCUGGCGAGAGCUUCGACGAGAGCAAAGGCACCACCGAGGGCUGCGGCAAUCCAUACCUAGAAGUGUACGACAAGCCCGUGUGCGAAGGUCCGAGCACCACGACAUCGGGCGCCUGCGCUGCUACCGCGUCACCUUCUGCCAUCGCCUCCGUGUGCGACUACCCCACGCCCGAUGACGACUGCUGGAGCACCUGCACCGCCAGUUCGGGUGCCGUCGACUGCCUAAGCCAGUGUGCCGAGUCUGACGACUGCAGCUAUGUCGUCUACAACCCGCGUGGCGAGACUAACUCUCCGUAUGAGCCGGGGACUUGCUGGAUGUAUCCCGACGGCGAGUAUAAUCCGGAAGACGCAGGUACUUGUGGCAGUGAGGGCCCCGAGCAGUACGUGUACGAGAACGUGUGCCCCAAGCCAUCAAAGGCGUCCACAUCGCUGUCCUCCUCCACCCCUCCAUCGGCGACCGGGUCGGAUGGAGAUUCGGCUACGGCCGAGGCCGAUGGCGCUGAGGCUGAUCGCGCUGAAGCUGGGGAUAUUGAGGAUACUGCUUCUGCGCCUGUCGCCCUCUCGCUCACUGGCCUCCUGACUGUAGGACUGGCCAUGCUGUUGUAG